AUGCCCUCUUCGCAAUUCACUCACAGACCGAAGCGCAUAAAUGUGAGAAAUGCACACCAGUUGGCCCCCGGAAAAAAAAAAAGGCGGAAAGGCAACAAGCCCUCGGAAGGACUUUUGUACGAACCCAAGAUAUGGACCAAGACUUUCUGUGCUGAAUCAGACUCGCUGUAUGAUAGGGUGCUGGUCGAUGCCGAAUGCACGCACGACGGCUCUCUAAAACAUCUGAUCAAAUGCAAAGACAUCGGAUGGGACAAGUUUGUGCACGAGUUCAUUGGUGAUGAGGAGGUAGUCAACGGCAUCGUGGCUAUGCAGAAGCGUCUUCUCGCGCACGGUGUGGCCAUGACGCGUCCGGGAGGGUACGUUGUAUACAGCACAUGCAGUCUAACCCGUGCACAGAAUGAAGAUGUGGUGCUACACGCUCUCCAAACGAUGGCCCACAUCGAGUUGGUGCCCAUUGAUCUGCCAAACCUACCGGUGGUUGCUGGCAGUACAAUCCAUAGUGCAGAGCCGAAUGAAGGUAGGCAAGACCGGAGUACGGCCGAAUUACCGAGUGAGAGCCAAUGCGGGAGGUUACCUUUCCCAGGGCACGCAUUGCCACAUGUGCUGCGUUUCGAUCCACUGGUGACACAGACAAGUGGCCUGUUUAUCGCCAAGUUUAGGAGAUUAAAGUUAUAGCGCGGUAUUGCUCGAUUGGGUUUGUUCGGUGUACCCGCUUGAUAGUGCCAAUGUAAAGAGCAAUUUUGUGUGGAUCAUGCAUGAAGUUAAUCUUUAAAAAACUGUAUCAUGGAGGAUACCUGUAUGCACCUGUCACUAGGAUGUAUGCAUAUAAAUACUA